AGACAGAGAUGCAAUGCUUUUACGUGGUGCCUGUCCCACCUCUAUUGUGGGGCUAAACAUGAGCAAUAAUGGUAUUAUCAAUGCGGUUACUUAAGAAAAGUAUUACAGUUUAUUACAGGAAAGUGUCGUUAUUGUUGAGGGGCAAGCCUUGAAAGACCUAAGAUUUUGCUGGAUAAUAUGUUUUCGUCUUUUGAACCUUAAAGUACAAAUAGUUUGCGCAUUUCCAUUAUUGAGUUGUUGUGAGAUUGACAUUUGAUGUAAAAGUAUACCAGUUUUUUGACCAGGAAAUGGGAUUGAAAAAUGUCCCGUUUAUUUUAUUGUUAGCAACUAUACAUGCAUGGAUCUCAAGAAAUCCGUACUUGAUAUCUGCUGAAGAGCGAGUUCUGGGGACGAAUUCAACAGAAAGAGGAUGGCAAAAACUAUUUGAAAAAUUAAAAAGGAUAUCUUUUUUCGUCGAAAAGGAAGCGGUAGAUAGAGGAGUUUUUUCGAACCUACUUGUUCUUCAAGCAACAGGUGAUAUUGAGGAUAUUAAGUCCGUAGCUGAAACAAAAGGGCUGAUUUUCAUCAGAAAGGUUUUUAAAGAUGGCAACUAUUAUUUGUUUCGCCACCUCGCCAGCUGCAAACGAUGUCUUCCGAACUCAGAAGGGCUUCUGAAGGAUAUAGAGGAACAUUCUUCGGUAAGAUGGGUAGCCCUCCAAACUCCAUUAGAGCGAGUGAAACGUUCCAUUAAUGGACAAGUUCACCUCAGCGAUAUUUAUAGAGCCACUUCAGCACUCCGGGAGCCGAAAAGCUACUUCAGGGAAAAAGAACUGCAAAAUCACAGAAAUACUUCACUCGUUCAUUUUGAUGACCCUCUAUUUAAUGAACAGUGGUACUUGCUCAACAAGGGCCAGACCGGAUCUCCGCCGGAAAACGAUAUAAAUGUGCUUCCGGUUUGGAAAUCAGGUAUCACGGGCAGAGGUGUUCGAAUUUCGGUACUGGACGACGGAAUUCAUCCACAAAGCGAAGAAGUGGCGCAAAACUACGAUUCAAUCGUAAGCGAUGAUCUCUCAUUUCGGAGUAAUCCUGCCAACCCUAUCCCUGAAAACAGCCACGGGACUUAUUGUGCAGCAAUAGCGGCUGGUGUAGCGAACAACAAAGUGUGCGGUGUUGGAGUCGCAUUUGAUGCUAAAAUAGGAGGUGUUCGAGUCAUAGACGGUCCCGUAACUGACGCUCAAGAAGCUAUGGCCCUUGUCCAUGCUCUAGAUUACGUGGAUAUCUAUACGGCAUCUUGGGGACCCAACGAUGACGGCAGAAGCAUCGCUGGACCAGGGACUCUGGCAAAAUUGGCUUUUCUAAAGGGAAUCUCGGAGGGACGAAAUGGCAAAGGCGCGAUUUACGUGUGGGCAGCUGGUAACGGCGGUCGUCUUCAAGAUAACUGUAACCUGGACGGUUAUGCUUCCAGUCCUUAUACAGUGACCAUUGGUGCUGUCACAGCAGAUGGACAUAGCACCUAUUACUCAGAACCCUGUGCAGCUGUCAUCGCAUCUGCUUACGUCGGGGGAUCUCAUGUACCUCCAACGGAAGACAACAUCAUGAGUGAAAGGAGAAAAAUUAAAGUGGUCGUUCCGGAAGGAAGAGGGAAGUGCCGGGAGACUUUCCAGGGUACUUCCGCGGCUGCGCCCAUGGCCGCGGGAGUGAUUGCCCUGCUGCUGCAAGCCAAUCCAAAUCUCAGCUGGAGAGAUGUGCAGCACAUCAUCGUGAGGAGCUCCCGAGUUCCUCCCACCGGGGAGUCCGGGUGGACCAUGAAUGGGGCUGGACAUUUCUUCCAUCUCAAGAUCGGAUUCGGAAUCCUAGAUUCUGCGAAGAUGGUGGCAGAAGCUUUAACAUGGCAGUCUGUCAAGCCUCUUCACGAGUGGAAGUCACAGCCGAUUACUCGAGCAAACUACAUCUUACCACAUCGGGACACCAUAGUUCCUUUGCUCGUUGAGAAAUCGACAAUACAAGUGGACCGCCUAGAGUCAGUUACGGCCACAGUGAGCAUCAUUCAUCCUCGCUGCGGAGAUUUGGAAUUGUUCCUACAAUCACCCUCAGGGACUGUAUCCCAAAUUUUGACCCGAAGACCCCGAGAUAAUCGAACCUCAAGAAUUCUUCUCUGGGAAUUUGUAUCCCUGCACUUUUGGGACGAGGACCCUGCAGGAUUGUGGACUCUGAAGAUUUCCAAUCGGGCAGGGUGGCAGCAAGGGGUGAUGGACUAUUUCUCAUUGAUACUACGUGGUACGAUUAGGUGAUGACCAUAAUAGACCAACUUGCAAUUAGAACGUUUUUUAGUGGGCGAAACUCAAUUUUUAUUUCGAAUCUAAAAUAAUGCGAACGAGUAAUAAAGAAUAAUUUAUGUAUGGAGAUUGGUAUCUAUUGUGAUCUGCUUUAUAAGAGUCUCCUUCUUGGGGGGGGGGGGAUAUUGUAUUGUAAGGAGUAAUGAUGUGCCCUUUCAUAUUAAUAAUUACAGUCGACUCUCUUUAAACGAACACUUCUCAUAAUGAGCGAAACAAAAUAUAAAAAAAGAGACUCCAUCUACGAGCAAAGUUUCGCAGAACAAGUGGUGAGGAGAUACCGUGACGUCAUCUACUGCAUUGGUCUGUAUCAAUCUUUGUUGAGCGGUUAAUUGAAGACAGCCCAUAUAUUUACAUAGAAGAUCUUUUGGUCGGGUAGCAUUAUUGCGUGCACCUGUACAAGAAAGUACAGAUUUGGUUCAAAAUUGGAUAUUGUAAUGUCCUGAUCUAGACUAAUCAAAUAACGAAGCAGAAUUUCCAGACAAUUCUUUAUUUUACAGCCCUAUAUAUACAAAGAACAACUUGUUCUAAUCUUGGUUAAAUAAAUAGAUAUUUACACCUGUAGUAGGAGAUACAACAGUCAAAGUCGAAGGUUUUUCUUGGAACUCAGUUCUCUAUCAUGUCAGCACGACAAAUCCAGGGGUAGUUUCUCAGACUCCGAACUCGUGGGCGUAGUCCAACCGUCCUCUGCAAUUCGUUUCUUCUCUCCUCUCUAAAAAAAAAUCUCCGCGCUUUAUUUCGGCGAUAAACUCCACCUCUUAAUUUACAUUGGUCAUUUGAGCUCUCCUUCGGGCAAUCGGGGUUCAGCCAUAUGCUCUCUCAGCGGCGCCAGUGGGUCGUGGGAAGGUCCUUUCACAAAGAGAAACAUCUAACAUCCAGAUGUUUGGACACCCUUUUCUCUUUGGAGGUACUAUCAAUACCUCUUGGGCGAGGAAUUCCACAUGUGGUCUUUCAUUAUAGUCGCUAAUGAACGGAUACGAGACCACCCAGGUGUAAAGAUCCACCAUCUGGCUAUCUCGAGGGGCUUAGUAAGUAACAGCGACGACACAGCUGGCUGUAAAUGUCUUAUCAGUACUGGGAAACGGGGAAUGUUACAAUAUGGAUCUACAAAAUGUUAAAAUUAUGCAUCAAGUUUAAUCCAUCAAAAUCUUUGUAUCUUGCAGUUAUAGUGUUCAUUUGUACUCGGAUAGAUAGUUAGGUUAAUUUCUUGUGCAUGGAUUUCGUUCAAAAUUCGAUAGAAAUCUACAAAUAUGAUGCGAAUAUCAUAUACCAAAUUUUAUUCGUCUAGUUGAAUAAUUUUUUACGUUACCUUGUUCCAGAUAGAUAUGCAGACAUAAUUCCAAAAAUGUAUUUUUAUAACUCAAAUAGGUUUGAAAAAUAUAGAGUUCCUUCAAAAAUCUCGAAAUUGAAUUUUCUGACUUAAUGGUAGCAAUACUUUUUUGAGAGAAAAAUAGAGAGAAAAACUGGCAUAAAAGUAAAAAUUGUAAAAGAUAAAAAUAAGAUUUAGAAGGUUUCGAUUUUCUGAAUUUGAAUGUCAGUUCAAAAAGAUUCCCAGGAACUUAAACGACGGUAAAAUUUUUGCAUGAGAUCAAGAAACAUGCAAAAUGUUGAAAUCCAAAAAUUUGUGUACAUGCCCCAAAUAAUAAUGGUAGGCCUGAAACACAUAAAAAGGCUGCAUCGAAUUAUUAAAAAAUCUUGAUUUCAGUAAUUAAAAAAAUUUGUGAUAUUAGUUAACCAACUCGAUAAAUCAAUUUGUCUGUCUAAGCAAACGUCAUUUUAAACCAUUUCCAUUGACAUCAAUUUUGUGAAGAUGCGAUAAUAAAUAAAAAAAGUUACAGAAGUGUCCAUUGUUUGUGUUGACGAACUGUAUCAUUCUUGUUUCUUGUUGUGAUAAAAUUCUUAAAAUAUUUGAUAAACAAAGUAUGAUUAUUUAAGCCUGAAAUGAGUCAAUAUCAAAGUUUCGUCUGACUAAAGAUGUCUCGUCAUUAUCAUGAUUAAGGUCAAGUGUACUUAAUUUGUCUUUAAUGUAGAGUAUUUCCUUUUCCACAAUUUAAUGUCUCAUAUAAUAUGUCAUCGUAACGAUGUUAUUUUAAGAAACAUAUUAAUAAUUACAUUGUGAAAAUGCACGCCAAGUAUUUCAAAAGCACGUUGUUGUUCAGAUGGAAAAUUUCAGAAGGAAUUAGUUUAUUAUAUGCAAACCAUAAAAAAAAAAUCAGGUGCCUUGCAGAUUAUUUAUUGCACUUCUUAUUUAAUAUUCAUUCAUUUUUUGGUCUAGCUUUAUUGAGUUCGCUGUACGAAGAUGGAAGCGUAUGGAGAGGUUGGCGCUGAUUCUUUUAUCUACUGAAUUAUCACUUCCACAGCCGGCGUCCUUGCAUAGGGGUAGCGCAUUCUUUUGAUAUCCGACCACUUUCCUAAUAUGUAACAAUUCAUAAGCAUUCAUUUAAAUUUCCAUCUAAAUUAAACUACUAUUCAGCAUUGACCACAAUUUUCGUUGUAGUUUAGACAAGCCCACUGACGAAGUCAGCGAUUUUAAGGCGAGAGAGCGUCUCUUGUUUUUCAGUAAGGAUGAUCUGGGCGUCCCGGGUUCGAAUUCCGGUUCGAGCAUGAUAGUUCUUCAUCUGUGUACUAUCUGUGAGGUGGGUGAAUGUGCUGCUCUGUAAAAAGGGGUUGUGCAAGCGAAUGUGUGAGAUUCAUCUUCAUAUGAGCUAGAAGUCAGACUUCUGCCCUCGGGUGCUCAGGGUUCUUUACCCUCAGAAGCUACUGCACCCCCUUUCCGUGGUAACGCGGACACGACAUCAUCACUUCCGCAUUCCCAUAAUUUUCUUUUGAUAAAACUAAAUGGAAUUGAUAAUUUUUAUGAGCCACCUCAAUUUCCUAGUUUGGGGUCCGCCUUGUUCUCUGAACCGCAAUCUGUGAGGUGUUUUAAUAAUUUUUAAUUCGUUUAUACGAAUUUUAAACAACAAAAAUGUAUUUGAAUGAAAAAUUCUAGAUUUAUGGAAGUAAUAUCUGAUUAUAAUAAAAUGAUUCUUAAUGGCAUGGAAAAUUACAAAAAUCAUGAAAAAUAACAAAGAUAUAGAGUAUCAAUAAUUGAGUAUAAAUUAGUCUUUUAACAGAAAAUGAUAGCUUAUUUAGGAAUCGUUAAAUGAAAUUCUCUUGAUAUCCUACCACUUUCCUAAUUUAUAACAAUUCACAAGCAUUCAUUUAAAUUUCCUUCUAAAUUAAACUACUACUUCAGCAUUGCCAUAAUUUUCG